AUGGCGUUCAGGAAGGCUCUGAAACGGACGGCGAUCAUAGGCGGCGGGGCGGUCGCCGCGGCGUUCGGCCUGUCGCAGGUGGUUGAGUACAAGAGGACACAGGUGUGUGUGUGUCUGUGUCACAUCCAGGCACAGUUAGCCCACGUACAGGCCGAAGCAGACCUGAAGGUCCCGUUUGCGGACCAGCUCCCCUCUCGGCAGGCCCAGCUCGCUGCGCUGAAAGACACAGAGGAGUUUGAUGUCCUGGUGGUCGGAGGAGGAGCCACGGGUGCAGGAUGUGCCUUAGACGCUGUCACACGAAACCUCAAAACUGCUCUUGUGGAGAGAAGCGACUUCUCUUCAGGAACAAGCAGCCGCAGUACCAAACUCAUCCACGGUGGCGUCCGCUACCUCCAGAAGGCCAUCAUGCAGUUAGACUAUGAACAGUACAUGAUGGUGAAAGAGGCUUUGCACGAGCGAGCCAACCUGCUGGAGAUCGCUCCUCACCUGUCUGCUCCGCUACCCAUCAUGCUUCCUGUUUACAAAUGGUGGCAGUUGCCUUAUUACUGGGCCGGGAUCAAGAUGUACGACUUGGUGGCCGGGAUCCAGAACCUGAAGAGCAGCUACGUCCUCAGUAAAGCGAAGGCCUUGGAGCUUUUCCCCAUGCUGAAGAAGGACAAGCUGGUGGGAGCCAUCGUUUACUAUGACGGUCAACACAACGACGCUCGUAUGAACCUGGCCAUAGCUCUCUCGGCCGCCCGCUACGGCGCCGCCAUCGCCAACUACACCGAGGUGGUUCACCUGCUGAAGACUAACGACCCCCAGACUGGCAAGGAGAGAGUGUGCGGUGCUCGCUGCAGGGACGUCGUCACAGGACAGGAGUUUGACGUUAAAGCCAAGUGUGUGAUCAACGCCACGGGGCCGUUCACCGACUCACUGAGGAAGAUGGACAACCAGAAAAUCUCCAACAUCUGCCAACCCAGCGCCGGUGUGCACAUCGUCAUCCCCGGUUACUACAGCCCUGACAACAUGGGUCUGCUCGAUCCAGCGACGAGCGACGGCCGCGUCAUCUUCUUCCUGCCCUGGCAGAAGAUGACCAUCGCCGGGACGACUGACACGCCCACCAGCGUGACGGCCCACCCCAUCCCGGGAGAGGACGACAUCAACUUCAUCCUGCAGGAGGUGCGCAACUACCUCAGCCCUGAUGUAGAAGUGCGCCGAGGAGACGUGCUGGCAGCAUGGAGCGGCAUCCGUCCCCUGGUGACCGACCCCAACUCCAAAGACACUCAGUCCAUCUGCAGGAACCACAUUGUUAGCGUCAGCGACAGCGGACUGGUCACCAUCGCCGGUGGGAAGUGGACGACCUAUAGAUCAAUGGCUGAAGAAACCCUGGACGCAGCCAUCAAAGCACACGAACUGAAAGCCGAGCCUUGCAAGACUGUGGGUCUGAUGCUGGAGGGGGCUAAGGGCUGGACUCCGACGCUCUACAUCCGCCUGGUGCAGGACUACGGCUUGGAAAAUGAGGUCGCUCAGCAUCUGGCCUCCACGUACGGAGCGAAGGCGUUUGACGUCGCCAAGAUGGCCCUGGUCACCGGGCAACGAUGGCCAAUCGUAGGGAAGAGAUUGGUGUCUGAGUUUCCUUACAUCGAGGGCGAGGUGCUGUACGCGAUCAAGGAGUACGCCUGCACGGCCAUCGACGUCAUCGCCCGACGAACACGCCUGGGCUUCCUCAACGUGCAGGCAGCGGACGAAGCCCUGCCACGUAUCGUACAGAUCAUGGGCAAAGAGCUGGGCUGGAGUCAGGAGCAGAGAACGGCUGAGCUCGAGGCAGCUAAGAAGUUUUUGUACCAGGAGAUGGGCUACAGGUCUCGCUCCGAACAGCUGACCAGGACGACUGAGAUCAACCUGGACUACCAGGAAGUAGUCAGAUACAAGAAGCGCUUUCAUAAGUUUGACAAAGAGUGCAAAGGAUUCAUCACCACUGUCGACGUCCAGCAAGUUUUGGACAGCAUCAAUGUCCACAUUGAUGAAAAUGCGCUCCACGAAAUCCUUAAUGAGGUGGACCUGAACAAGAACGGACAAAUAGAGAUUGAUGAAUUCCUGCAGCUGAUGAGCGCCGUGAAGAAGGGACAAGUGUCCGACAGCCGUCUGGCCAUCCUGAUGAAAUCUGCGGAGGAGACUCUGGAUAUGAGAGGGCCUGUGACGGUGGACCGCAGCGGGGGCGGAGUCUGAGCCCGGAGGAUUUCACAAGGAUGCCAAGAAAAACCUUCAAAGCUACAGUUCUUGUUUUAUUUUGUUUUUUUUUUAAAAGGUGGAGACAAGUUAAGAAAGAGAAAGGAAAAGUGUCGCAUGCAAAUGAUGCUAUUUGAAUGACAAUAACGCAAUCAAGGAUGCAGCGGGAUGAAUUUGGCCAAAUCAAGUGGAGACCAGCAUCACUCCUGAGUGUGUUUUGGGUGAAAUAGUAUCUAAUGAUUGACUGAGAUUAGUUUUAUUCACAAAGUCAGAGAGUCUGUGUGUGUGUCUGUGUGGGUGUGUGUGUGUGUGUGUGUGUGUGUGUGUGUGUGUGUGUUUUGUCCUCAGUGGAUUGAUUGGUCCUCGACAUCUCGUGCCUCUGAUAUUACACAGCACACAAUAUAUCUGUUUUAUACUGUCUUUUAAAAACAAAAAAAAACCUUUGAUAUUUUAAUUAUCACGUCUGUUCAACACUCCUUUUUAAACUUUUGCUUACGUUCAUUUUUAACAUUAUCGACACUGAUUGUUGCGUAAACUCUUUCUUCAAUGCGACGCAGCUUAUUAAGAUGGCAACUGAACAUUUGGUGAUGCUUUAUUUUACAGGUCCGUCAUUUCCCCUAACUGAAAAUUUCCCGGGAAAUAUGGUGCUAAUCUCAGGAUACUUAUACUAGAGAGUCCUUUCUGUUUACUGGUAAUGAUCAAGCUUAUGUAGAAAUUAAGAGCCAAAUCACAACAUGCUGUAAAAAUGAUUUGCUAUGAAAAGGAAGCUUCAUAUAGUUUGAUAGAUUUAGCAACUACCUACAAA